AUUCAAUUUGUAAAUUUAUACUGGUUUAUUCUCAAGAUAAUAGGCCUAAUAAUUUACCAAUAACAAAUGUGAAGUCAGACAAAACAGUAGGCUUUUUUCCCUUUCUGAAUAGCACCAUACAGUCUUAGACACUCCCUCGGUGUGGCGCAUUGCAAGACUUGACUCGCAGCUUCUAGUUGGGGCUAUCUACACAUGAGAUAUAUCUGUACAUGGGGUUAAAGACGAAGCAUGGAUCAAAUUCAAGAAAAACCAAGCAAGGAGGUCGACAUUUAUCGUGACACAUGGGUCCGCUUCUUAGGCUAUGCCAACGAGGUGGGAGAGGCCUUCCGUGCCCUGGUGCCAGUGAGUGCUGUAUGGGCCACAUAUGCAGUUGCCACCGUGUAUGUUUCCGCUGAUGCUGUGGACAAGGGGAAGAAGGCUGCCGUGGAGCAUGGUGACAACCCAGGGAAGACAACCAAGGUGGCUGUAGCAGUGGUGGACACGUUUGUAUGGCAGGCCCUGGCCUCGGUCGCUAUCCCAGGCUUCACCAUCAACCGUGUGUGUGCUGCCUCUCUCUACCUCCUGGGCAGAACCACGCGCCUGCCCCUCUCCGUACGCAAGUGGACCACCACGGCCAUUGGCCUCUCCACCAUCCCCUUCAUCAUCCACCCCAUCGACAGGGGAGUGGACUUCCUGCUGGACUCCAGCCUGCGUAAGGUCUACGGUCAAUCUGCAGGAGGGAGGCAUGACUAAUAAGCACCACGACCACCCUGCAGCCUGGUCCCAGGCCCGGACAGGUUAGCUCCACCAGGAAAUUGACCCCAUCCACCCUCUGUCCCAGACAGCACUUCCUCCCAAGCCAUCUGAAAACUCUGCUGAUCACUCUACUGUAACAUCACUGUGAAGCACAAAGCCAAUACAGCAGGGUUACUCCACUCCAGUCCUCCAGGGCCACUGUACUGUCUGCAACUUGUCUCUGCCCCUCUGUUUAUUCCCAUAUUUUCAUGUUAAACUCCAAGUUAGGGGGACCUAUGUUUCUUUGGCCAGUCAAUGACUUUGAAUCAGGGAGAAAAGGGAUCCAACAGACAGUGUUGCCCUCCAGGACUGGAGUUGAAUACCUGUGGCUGCUACUGGCCUGCAGAGCCCACCUGUUAAUUUUCAGACCUCUAUUUGGCAUGUAUCCAGGUAACUCUUGAUGUUAGCCAUAUUUGGGAAUAUUCAGGUCACUGUCCUUAGACCUGGCAUUAAUGCCCUAUUUUCAUUACAUGUAAACAUGUACCUUUGUUUUUGUUUAUUUCUGCCUCAAAAAUAAUGUUUUAUGUACGGUUGUCUGUCACUUUGAAUAGAUAUUUACAGAGUAUAUUGUGAUGCACUUUUCAAUGUUAAGUCUUGAGAUUAACCUGAGUGCUUCUUGUCAUUCAUUACAGAGGUGAACAGAAUAGAUGUAACAAUUCUUGAAGUUUUGGUUGGCACUAAAGAUUCAGUUACUUUGGUAGCAUCUAAGGUCUAGAAAGUACUGUAAUAGUUGUGUAACAUGCCCUAUGCAGAAAGCAUAUGAAGGGAAUAUGCAUAAAAUACUGUAAUUAUUGCCAAAGAUUUAGGCUACUCUGGAAGAGAACCCAUCAGUAUACAAAGCUGUGCUGCAAUAUGCAAGUAAUCUGAGUCAUCUUAUACAUAAAUGGGAAAUGCUAUUGGAAUAUGUAAAUCAGGGCGCUCCAAUCCUGUUUUUGGAGAGCUACUGUUGUGUAUGUUUUUGCUCCAACUCUAAUCUAGCGCACCUGAUUCUAAUAAUUAGCUGGUUGAUAAGCUGAAUGAACUGGGGUUGGUUUUAAAACAGGUUGGAGAGCCCUGAUGUAAAUUAAUGUGAUAUACUGAAUUGGGAAAUGUUGCCAAUUGUUCAUACACCAGAACAAAUAUUUAGCAAUCAUUUUCAUUUAACUUCUCAGUUAUAAGUCAACUUCUGUGUUUUUAAUAUAUUGAUUACUUAAAAAUGUUGCAUCACCAAAACGCAACAUUUUUGUGAUAGUUUUAAUGUUUUUUUCCAUCUAAUUAUUUUCCCACAUAGUCACAUAAUCAAUUUCAUAUUUCGAUAUCAAUAUAUUUUCAUGCUGGAAACAAGGGAAUGUUUAACUGUUGUUAAUUUUAUAAUAUGUUUGUUUUAGCCUUAAAAUUCAAAUAUGUUUUCAAACCUGCUACUGAUGUACAUUUACAUUUUCUUUUAGUUGUCAGAGAAAUUGAAAAAAAAAAAUUUGGGACAAAAUGAUAGUAACUUGUCAUCGAAAGUGAACAUUAUACUGCAAUGGGCAGCUAUUUAGCUAUCCCCUACUCUGAAACUGUUAAUAUAUACUGUAGAAAAACAAUAUCCUGUAUUGUAUACAUUUAUUAAAUUUAUUUUUUUCCUGUGCAAACAA